GGCUGGGGGCAUAAGGAGAACUAAUCGGAUGCAAAGGAUGAGCUAGAGGUUGGCUCUGCUGGCAAGAUGAACCGGGAGCUGGAGUAUAUGUUUGUUCAAUCUGCUCGGGUGUGGAUCCCCGAUGCGGAGGAGGUGUGGAAGUCUGCCGAGCUCUCCAAGGACUACAAAAAUGGCGACGCCUCACUGCAACUCGUGCUGGAGGAUGGAACGACCAUUGAUCAUAAGCUGGACCCCAAGACGAAGAACCUGCCUUACCUGCGGAACCCGGACAUCCUGGUGGGCGAGAAUGACCUCACUGCUCUUAGCUACCUCCACGAGCCAGCUGUGCUCCACAACCUUAAAGUCCGCUUUAUUGACUCAAAACUUAUCUACACGUACUGUGGAAUUGUUCUCGUGGCCAUCAACCCAUAUGAGACGCUGCCCAUCUAUGGAACAGACAUAAUCAAUGCCUACAGUGGGCAGAACAUGGGAGACAUGGACCCACAUAUCUUUGCUGUGGCAGAGGAGGCUUACAAACAGAUGGCAAGAGAUGAGAGAAACCAGUCGAUUAUCGUGAGUGGUGAGUCCGGGGCAGGAAAGACUGUAUCAGCCAAAUAUGCCAUGAGGUACUUUGCUACAGUCAGUGGCUCUGCCAGCGAGGCCAAUGUAGAGGAGAAGGUUCUGGCUUCCAACCCCAUCAUGGAGGCCAUUGGAAACGCAAAGACCACCAGAAACGACAACAGCAGCCGCUUUGGCAAAUACAUUGAGAUCGGCUUUGACAAUCGAUAUCGCAUCAUUGGGGCCAACAUGAGAACAUAUCUGCUGGAGAAAUCCAGAGUGGUGUUCCAGGCGGACGAGGAGAGGAAUUAUCACAUCUUCUAUCAACUCUGUGCAUCAGCUAACCUGCCUGAGUUCAAGAAUCUGAGGCUAAGCAUCGCAAAUGACUUCCUCUACACCAGGCAGGGUCGCAGUCCUGUCAUUGAAGGCGUAGACGACGCCAAAGAGCUUCGCACUACUCGCCAUGCCUUCACACUUCUGGGUAUCAAUGAGUCCUACCAGAUUGGCUUAUUCCAAGUUUUGGCUGCUAUUCUUCACCUUGGAAACGUGGAGAUAAAAGACAGAGAUUCAGACAGCAGCCUUAUUGCACCCAACAAUCGGCACCUGACGGCGUUCUGUGAGCUGGUGGGCGUGACCUAUCAGAACAUGUCCCACUGGCUGUGCCACAGGAAGCUGAAGACGGCCACAGAGACUUAUAUCAAGCCCCUCCCUCGACUUCAGGCCACCAACGCUCGUGACGCUCUGUCCAAACAUAUCUAUGCCAAGUUGUUCAGCUGGAUUGUAGAACACGUAAACAAGGCUCUGGUCACCAGUGUUAAACAACACUCCUUCAUUGGAGUCCUUGACAUUUAUGGGUUUGAAACAUUUGAAAUCAACAGUUUUGAGCAAUUCUGCAUCAACUACGCUAAUGAGAAGCUCCAGCAGCAGUUCAACAUGCAUGUGUUCAAGCUGGAGCAGGAGGAGUACAUGAAGGAGCAGAUCCCCUGGACUUUGAUCGACUUCUACGAUAAUCAGCCCUGCAUCAACCUCAUAGAAGCUAAGAUGGGCAUCCUGGACCUGCUGGACGAAGAGUGCAAGAUGCCAAAAGGUUCAGAUGAUUCAUGGGCCCAGAAACUGUACAACACCCACCUAAAGACUUGUUCCCUGUUUGAGAAGCCACGCAUGUCUAACCGUGCCUUCAUCAUCCAACAUUUUGCUGAUAAGGUAGAGUACCAGUGUGAGGGUUUUCUGGAGAAGAAUAAGGACACAGUAAACGAAGAACAGAUCAAUGUGCUGAAAGCCAGCAAGUUCAACCUGCUGGUGGAGCUGUUCCAGGACGAGGAGAAGGCCACCACCCCGACUGGCCAGGUGCCCGGCACUGGGGGCCGAACCAGGCUCAGCAUCAAACCGGACAAGGGUCGGGACAAGAGCAGCAAGGAGCACAAGAAGACCGUGGGCUGUCAGUUUCGGAACUCCCUCCAAAUGUUGAUGGAGACUUUGAACGCCACCACUCCACACUAUGUCCGCUGCAUCAAACCCAAUGACUUCAAGCUAGCCUUCUCGUUUGAUCCUAAGCGAGCAGUGCAGCAGCUCAGAGCUUGUGGCGUCCUGGAAACCAUCCGCAUCUCUGCCGCCGGCUUCCCGUCCAGAUGGACGUACCAGGAGUUCUUCAGCCGUUACAGAGUGCUGAUGAAGCAGAAGGAUGUUCUCCCUGAUAAGAAGCUGACCUGCAGGAAUGUCCUGGAGAAAUUAGUACAAGACCAGGAUAAGUAUCAAUUUGGUAAGACUAAAAUCUUCUUCAGAGCCGGCCAGGUGGCUUAUCUGGAAAAACUGAGGGCGGACAAGCUGCGUGCCGCCUGCAUCCGCAUCCAGAAGACCAUCCGCUGCUGGUUGGCACGCAAGAAGUACCUGCGCCAGCGCAGCGCCGCUAUCACCAUUCAGAGGUUUACCAGAGGAUACCAGGCUCGAUGCUUGGCGAAGUUCAUGCGUCGCACUCAGGCAGCCACCAUCAUCCAGAAGUACCAGAGGAUGUAUGUGGAAAGGGAGCGCUACAGACAGAAGCAGGCUGCUGCUCUGGUCAUGCAGACUAUCCUCAGAGCCUACAUGGCCCGGCAGAAGUACCAGGCGCUGCUGCGGGAGCAUAAGGCCAUAAUCAUUCAGAAGCGAGUCCGCGGCUGGUUGGCCCGGUGCUGGUACAAGCGCUGCUUGGAGGCUAUCGUCUACCUGCAGUGCUGCAUCCGCAGGAUGAGAGCCAAGCAAGAGCUGAAGAAGCUGAAGAUUGAGGCUCGCUCGGUAGAGCACUUCAAGAAGCUUAACAAAGGCAUGGAGAACAAAAUCAUGCAGCUGCAGAGGAAGAUUGAUGAGCAGAAUAAGGACAACCGGUUGAUUAGUGAGAGAUUAGCCACUGUGGAGAGUUCAUAUGCAACUGAGAGUGAGCGCAUGCGUGGCGACCUGAGACGGCUGCGGGGGGUGGAGGAGGACGCCAAGAACAAAACCAACCAGGUGUCGUCUCUGCUGGAGGAGCUGGAGAGGCUGAAGAAGGAGCUGAGCGUCACCCAGCAGGAGAAGAAGACCAUCGAGGACUGGGCACAAAAGUACAGGGACGAAAUGGAAAAGAUGGUGUCCGAGUUGAAGGACCAGAACGGCCUGCUAAAGAAAGAGAAGGACGACCUGAACAGGAUGAUUCAGGAACAGAGUCAGCAGAUGACAGAGAAAAUGGCUCGUGCGAUAGCACAGGAGACUCAGCAGCUGGAGACGGAUCUGAACGAGGAGCGCUCUCGCUACCAGAACCUGCUGACGGAGCACCUUCGCCUGGAGGAGAAAUACGACGACCUGAAGGAAGAGUUGGCUCACUCCUCGAACGUCUCCAAACCCGGCCACAGGAGAACAGACUCUACCCACAGCAGCAACGAAUCAGAGUACACCUACAACUCAGAGUACGCCGAGUUGGAAGAAGGUUCCCGUGCCGGCGAAGAUGUGACACGGGGAAUGGAUACUUCACUGACUCUAAAGCUGCAGAAACGUGUUACAGAGCUGGAGCAAGAAAAGCAGUCGUUGCGCAACGAACUGGAAAACAAAGAGGAACAGUUCCAGCGGGCUAGAGCCAGGGAUGAUGCACAGUUUAGAAAGGCUCGUGGAGCAGAGCUGGAGUAUGAGUCCCUGAAGCGUCAGGAGCUGGAGUCGGAGAACAAGAAGUUGAGACACGACCUGGCAGAGAUGAGGCAAAGCCUGCUCGGUGACGCAGCCACAGGUGCCGGGGCGCCGGGUUCGCCAGCUUACAAGGUGCUCCUCGACCAGCUCAAUGCUUCCUGUGAGGAGCUGGAGGUCCGCAAGGAAGAGGUCCUGAUCCUGCGUUCCCAGCUGGUCAGCCAAAAGGAAGCCAUGCACCACAAGGAUGAGAAGGAGACCAUGACGGAGCCUUCAGUUUUCGCUCAGGAUGUGAACAAACUGAAAGACGCUGAUGAAUUAAAGCAAGCUUACGUCGGCCUCAAAGACACUAACAGAUCUGCUGCUCCAGACCUCCAUAAGCUGAAUGAGGACGGGGAGCUGUGGCUGGUUAAUCAGGGCUUAAAGGAGACCAUCAGGUUAAUGGAGCAGCAGCUGCAGACCCAGCGCAGAACUUACGACAGCGAGGUGGAGUCGCUGCGUGGUGAGCUGCAGAACGUGAAGGAGGAGAACAACCGGCAGCAGCAGCUACUGGCCCAAAACCUCCAGCUGCCUCCAGAGGCCCGGAUUGAAGCCAGCCUGCAGCAUGAGAUCACCCGGCUGACCAACGAGAACUUGGAUCUAAUGGAGCAGCUGGAGAAGCAGGACCGAACCAUCCGCAAGCUGAAGAAGCAGCUGAAGGUCUAUUCGAAGAGAAUCGGAGAGAUGGGAGCGGGUCAAACUGAAGGACAAACGUCUCCAGGACAGAUGGUGGAGGAGCCCAUCCACCCUGUCAACAUCCCCCGCAGGGAGAAGGACUUCCAGGGAAUGUUGGAGUACAAGAAGGAGGAUGAAAUGAAGCUGGUUAAGAAUCUUAUUCUGGAGCUGAAACCUCGUGGAGUAGCAGUGAAUCUGAUCCCAGGUCUGCCAGCCUACAUCCUGUUCAUGUGUCUGAGACAUGCAGACUACGUCAACGAUGACCAGAAAGUUCGCACUCUGCUCACAUCAACCAUUAAUAGCAUCAAGAAGAUCCUCAAGAAACGAGGUGAUGACUUUGAGACCGUCUCGUUUUGGUUGGCCAACACCUGCCGCUUCCUGCACUGUCUGAAACAAUACAGCGGAGACGAGGCCUUUAUGAAGCACAACACAUCGAGGCAGAAUGAACACUGUCUGUCCAACUUCGACCUGGCAGAAUACAGGCAGGUGAUCAGUGACCUGGCCAUCCAGAUCUACCAGCAGCUGGUCAAAUGCAUGGAGAACAUCCUCCAGCCAAUGAUAGUAUCUGGGAUGUUGGAACACGAGACCAUCCAAGGCGUCUCCGGAGUGAAGCCCACGGGUCUCCGUAAGCGUACUUCCAGUAUCGCCGACGAGGGCACCUACACCCUGGACUCCAUCCUGCGGCAGCUCAGCGCCUUCCACUCCACCAUGUGCCAGCACGGCACCGACCCCGAGCUCAUCAAGCAGGUGGUGAAGCAGAUGUUCUACAUCAUCGGCGCCGUCACCCUCAACAACCUGCUGCUGCGCAAGGACAUGUGCUCCUGGAGCAAAGGCAUGCAGAUCAGGUACAAUGUGAGCCAGCUGGAGGAGUGGCUAAGAGACAAAGGUCUGAUGAACUGUGGCGCCAAGGAGACCCUGGAGCCUCUGAUCCAGGCUGCUCAGCUGCUGCAGGUGAAGAAGAAGACGGACGAAGACGCAGAGGCCAUCUGCUCCAUGUGUCACGCCCUCACCACUGCUCAGAUUGUAAAGGUCCUGAAUCUCUACACUCCAGUCAAUGAGUUUGAGGAGAGAGUUUCAGUCGCUUUCAUUCGAACUAUACAGACUCGCUUACGGGACCGCUGUGAGAGCCCCCAGCUGUUAAUGGACACGAAAAUGAUAUAUCCAGUCACCUUCCCAUUUAACCCGUCCUCCCUCGCCCUGGAAACCAUUCAGAUUCCCACCUCUCUGAACCUGGCCUUCCUCACCAGGGUCUAAGCUGAACCCAAUCAGUGCUGCAACAGCAGCUGCCACCUACUGGCCCAAGAAAGAAUAUUAAUAAUAAUUAUAAUAAAGCACUUCAGAAAAUGUGGAUGAACACAAUUUGAACAGUUUCUGUCUAAAUGCUGACAUGCACACACAUCUGUGUCACUUUCUAGAUUAGCAUUACCUUGUCUCACUCAGAAACACACACACACUACUCGCCCGAUAGGCUUCAUUACAUGCUUGUAGAAACGCCUGUUACUUAAAGUAGGCAUAGGAUCCAGUCAAUCAAUCCAUCAGCCAGAAGGUCAGUCCUCAGCCCUGAUCCUUCAUCUGUGUUUCCUGUCCUCAUUAAGGUAGCUCUUGUUCAUGAAUCAUAAGAGCAAAGGAGGCAAAGAUCUCACGACAAGGACUUAUUUAGCAAGUUGUCAUCCACCAUGACGUGUUGAUGCAAAAACAUCCAAAUUAUCAGGUUUUAUUCGCCCUCUGAGCACAGUCCAGCCAAGAUAAAACUCAUUGUAUUAUAUUAUUUAUACACAAAUAUAUCUAUAGAAAAAUAGAUAAUAUAUAGCCUGUAUUUUAUUUAUUGACCUUAUGUUGCCAGCCUCCCUUUUAAAGAUUUCUUGCAUCGUCAUUUCAGAAUUAAGGAUAAAGACCACCAGGACAGGCUAAACUGCUUUGCUUUAGCUGCACUGACAUAUACAAUAUUUAUGUCAUAAUAGGUAUAUUAUAUCAUAUAGUUAAAAGGUAUGGCACAAAUUUUGAUUAGUUAUGUAUUCAACUUAGAUGUUUGAUGUGUGUUUUUGGCAGAGUAGUGCAGGUUUAAGAUAAGAGAGGCUUAAUCUCUGCUGUUUACAGACCAGAGUUUGACCAGAACCAAGAAAAUAAACCAGGAACAUUUAACUACAGAGGACCCAAUGUGCCACAGUGUCAUAAAUAAAUACUUAUUUAUUUAUGAGAUUAUUAAAGUUGCUACAUUAGAUCAAUUAAUUUAUCCCUAAAUAUUUAUGUCAGUUGUAAAAUCCAUAAUUAAAUCAUUAAAUGUGAAAUCCCUUCACUGAAAUUUGAAGUUGAUAUAUUUGAAAAUAAUUUAUAGUGAUUUAGUAGUAUUUCAGUAUUUAGUUAGCAUUGGAUUGGUUAACCUGCCCAGAGCAGUGUUGGCUCUGCCCACCUAGCUUAUGUUUGCCUUCACAUUCUUCUGGUCGGAGCACUGGAAAAUGUUCCCUUUACCUUUGUGUGCUUAUUUAUUUCAGUAUUACCAUUUUAAGGGUUGUUUGUAUUGUAAAGCCAUGAAUUACUGAGCAGAAAGAACAUAAGUGGGGUUUUUUUUAAGUUGGUUUUGCAGAAAUUGUCUGAGAUCUCUUCUAUGUUACUGUUUCUCUGCUUUGAUCCCACCCUUACCUUCCCGUUUUUGUGACACAACAUGGGCAUUUGUUACCAAAAACCACAGAUUAUGUUGAUCGUUCUCAUUCGAACUGCUGGCUCAGUGUUUACCUGUGUUUAGUCUUUUUUUAUUCAGUGUACAGAUUGUUUAGCUUCAGAUAUCUUGCCAUGUUUGGUACUUUGGCAAGUGUUAGGCAUGAAGUGCUGCUGCUUGAUUCGUGUACCCUGCAUGGAUUUGGCUUUCCAGACAUCACCAGCUUGAGAAAUGAGCCUGCAUGUUACUAUAACUGAAGAGUGGAGUGGAGUCAUGGGGAAAGUUCCAGGAAAUCUGCCCAUGUUGUAACAAAGACUCUUCUGUCUUCCUCAGCUCUGUCUUUUCUGCCUCCUGCACUUCCAGCUUACUCCCUGUUGUGCCAUUAGUUUUUAAGAUGAGCCAUGUCUGCCUCUUCGCCUUGGACCAUUCUCUUACCAAAAACCGCUUAAUAAAAUGCUGUCUAUGUCUGAAGGAUAUUUUCUCCUCUUGGAAGUGGACUUUAUUUCAUCUUUUAUCGUAAAGGAAUGACAUGAAAAAAGAAAACGGACAAAAUAAGGCAGAGAAAUCUCAGUAAACCAGAUUAUUUAUAAAGCGUCUUGUUGGACAGUCCUGUCUUAGAUUAAGAGAAAGUGUGAUGUUUAGAGAUGCACCAAUCAAAUGGCCAGAGUUUGGAAUCGGACAAUUUUUUCCUGAUCCGUAAUCAGUUCUAACCCCAAAAAAGCAUUCAUUAAAUGCAUCAAAACUGAGAAUUCCCACCAUUUCCUGUCUAUAAACGCAUCUAUCAGCAGCAUUUACUCUUAUGCACUUUUGGACUCGCAAAGGCUUUGAUGAAUGAAAGGGGAUAAAGAGUUUUCUCUUUGGCCUGGAAAAGUCUGAUUGAUGCAUUAGCAGUGACGACGUUUUUCUGUGUGGCACUUUAAGAACAUCCCACUGGGACCACAUUUUAUCAUUUUGUUUGUCUGGCUUUGUUUAUUGUGUUACAUGUCUGGCCUGUGCCAGGAGAACAUAUCUGCUGGUUGAGUUUGGAAGGAUAGUAACGAAGGAGUUUAUCCACCAUUUGAAUGUUAAUGUUCCACAAGUGUAUCAUGAUUUUAGCUGCACAUUGUAGAAGAAGCCUUAUCUCACUUACUCGUUAUGUGAAUGACUUACACACAUAUACCAUGAGCUUUGUGACAUCGUGUUCUCCUGCUGUUAAAUGAGUAGAGGUUGUAAAAAUGUGAUCAUCUUGUCCUGCAGCUGGUGUAACACGGAGGGUUCGUGCUGUUUAACCCUCGGCCAGAACGCUGCACAGGAAGGCUGAUAAAUAACUGAUGAGUACGGGCUGGGAAACUAAAACAAGCACCGACCCAUUGGACUGUGCUGAGUGACAGUGGGAGCUGUGAUACUCAUCCACUGGUUGGUUUUGUCAUUUGGAACAUCUCCAGGUUCACACCAAUCAGACAGCUGCUUGUACCAUUUUGACCCAGACAUUAGAAAUGAUCGUUUUUCUCAUCAGCACUCAAGGUCAUUGUGCCGUUUUAAAAGUUGCUCAUAAACAAAAGGAAAAAAAAAAGAAGUUCUGAGCCCAGCUGUGGUGGUACUGGUGCAAACAUGCUGAAGUUGGUAUCGGAUGUUCUCCUCUUUAAACCCAUGUGUACAUUUGACAAACUGGACUGUUUGAUGUUUCUGGUAGCUGUGCUUUGUGAAUGUGUUCACUGUUAGGAAACUUGGAAUAAACGUUCAACUCUGUAAGUAAAAUAAAAGAUUUCAGCACUGUC